CAGAAUGUACAGUUAAUAAAACUGAACUCAGAUGAUUGUUUUAAAUGUUUCCAUUUUUGUUCACUUGGUUAGCCAUCACACAUAGAUCGUAUAAAUGAUUGUAGCUAUGAUAAUUGCAACCUGAAUUUCCAAGGAAAAGCGCGGAUGAGAGACAGUUCUGGAAAAUAUGAGGAUGGAGCCACAGAAAACGAGAGAUUUAGCCAAGAAUUGCAUGGCCGUGGAAAUAUGUUGAUUGUGGACAUAAAAUGAGGUGAUGAUGGACCAUUUUGUGUGUUGAAGUGGGCAACGAACCUGUGAACUACAAAAUAUAAGGCGCGCUUUUUUUGUUCGAUUUUUUUUUGGUUUGUUUUUGUUGUUGUUUUUUGUUCGUUUUCUUAUUAGUUUGCUUAAAAUCUAACCAUCAAGCUCCUGGAGCGUAACAUCGCAUAUAAAAGCCAUGAAGACAAAUGUGUACUCCAGUUAUACACGUAUUAAGUUUUGAAGCAGAUGGGAUGUAAUGUGGUGUGGUCGCGUUGAAUAUUCGCCCCCUUUUUUCCUGCUUCGUGAAGACUGGCAUUUGGUGUCUAUAGAAUGGCUCGGUUCGGAGAUGAGGUGCCGUCCAGGUAUGGCGGAGGACCGGGACACGCUCAAGGGGGACCCGGUCGCGGCGGCAGCAGGCAGGGCGGCCCGCCGGGUGGUCAGCAGAGAGUGUACAAGCAGUCAAUGGCCCAACGAGCCAGAACUAUGGCCCUGUACAACCCUAUACCGGUGCGGCAAAACUGCUUCACUGUCAACCGAUCUCUGUUCAUCUUCAGUGAGGACAACUUCGUGAGAAAAUACGCCAAAAAGAUCACCGAAUGGCCUCCAUUUGAGUACAUGAUCCUGGCUACCAUCAUUGCUAACUGCAUCGUCCUGGCCCUGGAACAGCAUCUUCCAGACGGGGACAAGACACCUAUGUCAGAGCGCUUGGAGGACACCGAACCCUACUUCAUCGGCAUUUUCUGUUUCGAGUCAGGCAUUAAGAUCUUGGCUUUGGGCUUUGGCUUCCACAAGGGCUCGUACCUACGCAAUGGCUGGAAUGUCAUGGACUUUGUAGUGGUGCUUACUGGAAUCCUGUCCACAGUGGGCACAGACCUUGAUCUGAGGACGCUGCGUGCUGUUCGAGUGUUGAGACCCCUCAAACUGGUGUCUGGGAUUCCCAGCUUGCAGGUUGUGCUUAAAUCCAUCAUGAAGGCUAUGAUCCCUCUGCUGCAGAUCGGUCUGCUGCUCUUCUUUGCCAUACUCAUGUUCGCCAUCAUUGGUCUUGAGUUCUACAUGGGCAAAUUUCACACCACUUGCUUUGACAACAUCACUGAUGAGAUACGAGAGGAGUUUCCAUGCGGAAAUGACACUAAUGCUCGGACCUGUCCUAAUGGAACAGUAUGUAAAAAGUACUGGAUUGGACCCAACUAUGGUAUUACCCAGUUUGACAACAUCCUGUUUGCCGUGCUCACAGUCUUCCAGUGUAUCACCAUGGAGGGCUGGACUGACCUGUUAUACUAUAGCAAUGAUGCUUCAGGGAGUGCAUGGAACUGGGUGUACUUCAUCUCCCUCAUCAUCAUCGGCUCCUUCUUCAUGCUCAAUCUUGUGCUGGGUGUGCUGUCAGGUGAGUUUGCCAAAGAAAGGGAGCGCGUGGAGAACAGGAGAGAGUUUCUUAAGCUGAAGCGUCAGCAGCAGAUAGAGAGAGAGCUGAACGGAUAUCUGGAGUGGAUCUGCAAAGCAGAAGAAGUGAUUUUGGCUGACGAGGACAAUGACCCAGAUGACCGGAUGCCCUUUGACGGCUCGCGAAGGAGGCCUACCAUCAAGAAGAGUAAAGCAGACCUGCUUGAUGCAGAGGAUGGAGAUGGAGAUAUAGGUUCUCCGUUUGCACGGGGCAGUCUGAAGAGCUCGAAACUGGAGGGCUCUUCCUUCCAUAAAAAGGAGCGUCGGCUGCGAUUCUUCAUCAGGCACAUAGUGAAGACGCAAACGUUCUACUGGACUGUGCUGUGUCUGGUGGGACUCAACACACUGUGUGUGGCUGCUGUGCACUACGACCAGCCCGAAAAGCUCUCCGACUUCCUUUACUUUGCUGAGUUCAUCUUCCUGGGGAUCUUUAUGUCAGAGAUGUUUAUUAAGAUGUAUGGGCUGGGGACCAGACCUUAUUUUCACUCCUCCUUCAACUGUUUUGACUGCAUUGUCAUUUGUGGCAGCAUUUUCGAGGUGCUCUGGUCUAUGAUCCAGCCAGGAACCUCGUUUGGGAUCAGUGUGUUACGAGCUCUCAGGUUACUGAGGAUCUUCAAAGUGACCAAGUAUUGGGCGUCUCUGAGGAACCUGGUGGUGUCUUUGUUGAACUCCAUGAAAUCCAUUAUCAGUUUACUCUUCCUCCUUUUCCUCUUCAUCGUGGUCUUUGCUCUGCUGGGCAUGCAGCUUUUUGGAGGACAGUUUAAUUUUGAAGCCGGCACACCACCUACAAACUUUGAUACUUUUCCUGCAGCAAUAAUGACAGUAUUUCAGAUCCUGACGGGUGAAGACUGGAACAUGGUCAUGUAUGAUGGGAUCGAGUCUCAGGGCGGAGUCAAAAAGGGCAUGGUCUUCUCAGUCUUCUUCAUCGUUCUUACACUCUUCGGCAACUACACUUUGCUCAAUGUGUUCUUGGCUAUCGCUGUGGACAAUCUGGCCAAUGCACAAGAGCUGACCAAGGAUGAACAGGAGGAAGAGCAAGCAGCCAAUCAGAAAAUGGCUCUUCAGGCGGCCAAGGAAGUAGCAGAGGUCAGCCCACUGUCUGCAGCCAACCUCUCCAUUGCUGCCGUGACAGUAAACUCUGAGCGUCUUGAUGCAACAGAACACUUUCUGGACUGUAAAGAGCAACAGAAGAACCACAAAGGUUGUAAGUCGGUAUGGGAGCAGCGCACUAGCGAGUUGAGACGACAGACCCUGAUGAACAGCAGAGAGGCUCUUUACAAUGAGUUGGACCCUGAAGAUCGCUGGAAGGUCUCAUACUCCCGUCACAUUCGUCCCGAUAUGAAGACACAUCUGGACCGGCCGCUGGUCGUGGACCCUCAGGAGAACCGCAAUAACAAUACCAACAAAACUCAUCCGGGUGACGGCCAGCCCCAGCACACUCAUCAGCUCCUGCACAAACAGCCCAACUUCAAUGAGGGGGAGAGUGGAGGAGGAGGUGGAGGGUCUGAGCCCUGGGCAGCGUUGGAAAGGGGGGACUCCACAGGGUCUCGUCGGAGUCUUUUAGGCUCCGAGAACCAUGGGGUGGGUAGAGAGUCUCACCGCAGACAUCAGCAUGGCGAGCGCUGCAGCCAGGCCCGCCAACACCAUAAAGCUGCAAAGGAUGAGGGAGAGGGCGGAGGGAAGAGACACAGGAGUAAAGGCAGGGAAAGAGGACCUGAGUGUGAGCAUGCAGAUGGAGGAGAGCGGAAACACAGACAUCAUCGUCAUGAGGGCGAAGGAAGAAAAGAGAGAGGGGUGCGACACCGUACCAGGAAGGAUGGCCAUGGAAGUGGCCCCACUCUCUCCACUACCCGUCCCAUUCAGAAGACUCUGUCCAGGCAGGACAGUCAGUACAGUGAGGACCUGGACAAUGCCAUGAACAACAAGCUUGCCACCCAGCCACCUAGUAACUCCACUCCUCAUGAUAGUCUGCUCAAUCUGGCCAACAGUGCCCACACUGCCGGCCUGGCACAUACUGACACUGAGAGCAGCCUCAUUCUCACCAACCCUUCCUCUACCACUGCUAAUGUUACCAGCACUGGUCACCUGAGCAUGAACCCCGAUUACACUGCCGUGGACAUUCCCCCGAUGUUCCCCUCCAGUAACGCCAUCCUACAGGUCAAUAAGAAUGCAAACACAGAGCCCCUGCCCAAGAAGGAGGACACAAAGGGUGACGAUGACGAUGAUGAGAAAGAUGAUGCGGGGCCUAAACCCAUGCCACCCUACACCUCAAUGUUCAUUCUGACUACCACCAACCCAUUUCGAAGGUUGUGCCACUAUAUCGUCACGCUCAGAUAUUUUGAGAUGUGUAUUCUGCUGGUCAUUGCAAUGAGCAGUAUUGCCCUGGCCGCUGAAGACCCUGUCUGGCCCGAUUCCCCCCGCAACAAUAUCCUGCGGUACUUUGACUAUGUGUUCACUGGUGUGUUCACCUUUGAGAUGCUCAUUAAGAUGGUAGAUUUAGGUCUUGUCCUCCAUCAAGGCUCAUAUUUCCGUGACCUGUGGAACAUCCUGGACUUUAUAGUGGUUAGUGGUGCCCUGGUGGCGUUUGCCUUCACCGGAGGCAGCGGAGGAAGCAGCAAGGGGAAAGACAUCAGUACUAUCAAGUCGCUGCGUGUGCUCCGAGUAUUGCGGCCUCUGAAAACCAUCAAGCGUCUGCCCAAGCUGAAGGCUGUCUUUGACUGUGUGGUGAACUCUCUGAAGAAUGUGUUGAACAUACUCAUUGUCUACAUGCUGUUCAUGUUCAUCUUUGCUGUGGUGGCUGUGCAGCUCUUCAAAGGCCGUUUCUUCUACUGUACCGAUGAAUCCAAGGAGUUGGAGCGUGACUGCAGGGGCGAAUAUCUUGUCUAUGAAAAAGAUAACGAAGUGCGGGCGCAGAAGCGGGAAUGGAAGAAAUACGAUUUCCACUACGACAAUGUGCUCUGGGCCCUUCUCACCCUCUUCACAGUUUCUACGGGAGAGGGGUGGCCACAGGUGCUGAAACAUUCAGUGGAUGCGACCUACGAGAAUCAGGGCCCGAGUCCAGGUUACCGGAUGGAAAUGUCCAUCUUUUACGUGGUGUACUUCGUGGUCUUCCCCUUCUUCUUCGUCAACAUCUUCGUGGCUCUUAUCAUCAUCACUUUCCAGGAGCAAGGAGACAAAAUGAUGGAGGAGUAUAGCCUGGAAAAGAAUGAGAGAGCCUGCAUAGACUUCGCCAUCAAUGCUAAACCGCUCACGCGACACAUGCCUCAGAACAAACAAACAUUCCAGUACCGCAUGUGGGAGUUUGUGGUGUCUCCUCCAUUUGAAUACACCAUCAUGGCAUUGAUUGCCCUCAACACCAUUGUCCUUAUGAUGAAGUAUGAUGGAGCAUCAGAUGCCUAUGAAGCUGUGUUAGCCAACCUGAACAUAGUGUUCACCUCACUUUUCUCCAUGGAGUGCAUAUUGAAGAUCGUUGCCUUUGGAGUGCUGAACUACUUCAAAGACGCCUGGAACAUCUUCGACUGUGUGACUGUACUUGGCAGCAUCACUGAUAUUUUAGUCACAGAGCUAGGGAUGAACAACUUCAUAAAUCUGAGUUUUCUAAGGCUCUUCAGAGCUGCUCGUCUCAUUAAGUUGCUCAGGCAGGGUGAGACCAUACGCAUCCUGCUCUGGACCUUCGUCCAGUCUUUCAAGGCUCUGCCGUAUGUGUGCCUACUCAUCGCCAUGCUGUUCUUCAUCUACGCCAUCAUUGGCAUGCAGCUGUUUGGGAACAUUGCGAUUGAGGAGGAUGGUGAGAGUGCCAUUAACCAGCAUAACAACUUCAGGACUUUUUUCCAGGCGCUAAUGCUGCUCUUCAGGAGUGCUACAGGUGAGGCAUGGCAUGAUAUCAUGCUGUCAUGUCUGGGAAAGAAGGUGUGUGAUCCUCUCUCUGGUAACGUGGAGGCAGAGUGUGGGAGCGAGUUUGCCUACCUCUACUUUGUCUCCUUCAUCUUCCUCUGUUCCUUUCUGAUGCUGAAUCUGUUCGUGGCUGUGAUCAUGGAUAAUUUUGAGUACCUGACGCGUGACUCCUCUAUCCUGGGACCCCAUCACCUGGACGAGUAUGUGAGAAUCUGGGCGGAGUAUGAUCCAGCUGCUUGCGGGCGCAUUCAUUAUAAGGAUAUGUACAGUUUAUUGCGAGUUAUCGACCCCCCUCUGGGCUUAGGCAAGAAAUGUCCUCAUAGGGUGGCCUGCAAGAGACUGUUGCGGAUGGAUCUGCCAGUUGCUGAUGACAACACAGUGCACUUUAAUUCCACACUUAUGGCCUUAAUCCGAACUGCUCUGGACAUCAAGAUCGCCAAGGGUGGGGAAGGAGGCGUAGAUAAGCACCAGAUGGAUGCUGAACUAAGGAAGGAGAUGAUGGCGAUAUGGCCUAAUCUCUCUCAGAAGAAUCUGGACCUUCUGGUGACACCCCACAAGUCAGCGACAGACCUGACAGUGGGAAAGAUCUAUGCUGCCAUGAUGAUCAUGGAGUAUUAUAGGCAAAGUAAAGCCAAGCGGACACAGGCUAUCCACGAUGAACAGAAUCGAACGCCAUUAAUGUUUCAGCGUCUGGAGCCGCCGUCUCCAAGCCAGGAUGUGGGACAGGGACUCACUGGCCUUCCUGAAACACAACAGCACCCUGCAAAUCAUCUGCCUGUUGAUGAAAGGAUCCCAGAGAGCCAAUCAUGGGUGACAGCGCGAGCCCAGGAGAUGUCUCAGAAAGCAGGAAGCUGGAGUCCUGAAGGCCAACACCCAGACGACCCCGCAGAUAACCGCAGACAGUCUCAGACAGUAGAGAUGAGAGAGAUGGGGCGGGACGGGUACUCGGACACUGAGCACUAUCUGCCGAUGGAAGGCCAUGGCAGGGCUGCUUCCAUGCCUCGACUCCCAGCAGACAACCAACAGACCAUCACCGAUAACAGUCCGAUGAAGCGUUCAGCUUCAUCUUUGGGCCACGGGCGUCAAGGCCGUUCAGUGCGGGGUGAGGACUAUACCAUGGACAGGGUUAUCCCAGAAGAGGGUCACAGACAUGGGCAUCGCCACCGAGACCGCAGUCACCGUGCGUCAGAACGCUCCCUGAGCCGCUACACUGAUGCUGACACAGGUCUUGGCACUGACCUCAGCACCACCACACAGUCAGGAGACCUGCCAUCCAAGGAGAGGGACCGGGGCCGGGCCAAAGACCGCAAGCACCACCAUCAUCACCAUCACCAUCACGGUUCUCUAGAUAAGGAGCACUACGGACACGAGAGAGAACGAGGGGACUACAGCCACAGAGGGUCUAGAGAGAGAGACCUCCGCUGGUCCCGCUCACCAAGUGAGGGCAGAGAGUGCCUGACUCACAGACAGGGCAGUAGUUCAGUAAGCGGCAGUCCAGUCCCCUCCACCUCUGGGACCAGCACGCCCCGCCGCGGCCGGCGUCAGCUUCCCCAAACCCCCGCCACGCCCCGACCCCACGUCACCUACUCUCCCGUGGUCCGUAAGCCCAUUGGUGGCACCGCCCCUCCGGGCCAGCAGAACCGACUCCCCGCUCCGACCUCCCGUCGGUUCAGUCCGCCUGGCCCUGAGCCCCCGCUUCCCCCUCCCCACCACGGCUCUCCUCGCUCAGCCCGUCACGCGCACUGGGGCCCUGGCCCCACGGAGAGCAUGGAGGGCGACGGUUUCUACGACGACCAAGACUACGAGUUCAAUCACCACGAGCCUCCGUCCUACGAGCAAAGCCCUGUGCAGGGCAACCCUCACCCACAUUCUCCCAGGACUUCCCGCCACAGCACCCCCCCUCAGGGCCAGCCACAUCCACGGCGCGUGCCAAACGGCUACCGUUCGUCCUCGCCCACUCCCCACCACCACACCCCUGCCCACCCGGGAACUCAUAAGCCUCCUCAUCCCAGAGGGCCCAGGAAGGGCCUCCACGAACCCUACAGUGAGACUGAUGAGGAUGACUGGUGCUAGCCUCUGGGACGGGGAGGGGUGAGUCCUGCCGCGCUCUCACAGUGAAGCGAUACUCUCAUUGGAUUGGCCACUCUGUCCGGGGAAACACUAGGCAGUGCGCUGAAUGUCCACAGGGGAAAUCAAGGCAUGAUUCGUUUCUUUCUAUUUCUCGUUUCUUUUCCGAUUCCUCUGCUGCCGAGUGUUUCCCUGAAAGCGAUGGACCGCUGACAGUGAAUAUGAAGACUUAUGAAUACGAAAUCCUGUUCUUCGCCUUUUUCUGAAGAAUAUAAAAAUGUUUUGAUAAGGAGGAGGAAUGUCUGAACUUUUUUUCCCCAGGACAUUUCACGCAGUCCCUCCGGAAAUGAGACGCUAGGAACUCUUUAGCACUCGUUUAAAAAAAAAAGAAAAAGAAGGUGGAUCACUUUUUAUUUCACAGAACUUGACUUGAGAUUCGUUUAUUGCAAAAAUCAGUCCAGAUGCUGGGAAAUAUCGAUGAGUUUUAUCAUCUGUGUUUACUGUUAAUAAUUAUCCCAGUGAGGGGGAGGCGUUGGCCCAUGCGGGUAAGUUGUGGGUGGAGUUGGAGAUGGGCGGAGAUGAACUCACCUGAACUAAAACAGGAAAGCCUACCCUGCACUUCAGACCCCCAAACGCAAGAAAGAAGAAUCACAAACAAAAUAAUAAUAAUAAGAGAGAAAAAAAUGAAAAGCUCCUCACUCUUUCUUCUUCUACGGCUUCGUCUUCUGCUUCUCAUUGGAAACAUUGGAGUUUGAAUCUUCUGUUGCACUGCCCAGCUUUGUUUGAACAGAAAAUAAAUCCCUUGGAAAUCCUGCAUGAUUGAAAAAAA